UGCUACGAAGAAUAUGUAACCAAAAGGAAAAUCUAGAUUAAACACUGCGACAAGGAAAAUUAUGUUUAAUUUUGGUGCAAAACUGUAGGUUACAUUUGUUUUUUCCAGAUUUGGCAACGCAAGAACUUUUCUUUUGAGCGCUCCCUUUUUAAAAGGGUGAUUAAAUGCCGAAUUGUAUCAGCAGACGUAAUGGAUCUAAAGGAAUCUAAAAGUUUUUUUAAAAACCUCAAGGAAUGUGUUAAAGAAAUAAACAAGGGUGUUGAGGAGGCUAACAAGACUUUGCUUGAAGUUCCGGAUGAGAAUGUUGCUGCUGCUAAAAUUGCUGACAUGAGAGAUAAAAUACAUCAAUUAAAGGGAGAAGCAGAUAAACUGAAAAAAGAUAUUAAGCAAAAGAAUUCUGUUUCAAAGUCAUUCUUUCUUGACUUUGAAGAACUUAUCCUUGAGGCAGAACAUGGUGUUACAGACCAGGAGAAUUAUUUAAAGGAAUAUGGUUAUGAACCAUUGGUUUUAUCUAAAGAACCUGAGCAGCCUAUUUAUGAUACUACCCCAGUUACGAAAGUAAAAUGUAGUAAAAUUCAGGUCUCUCAAUUAACUCCUAUGUUUCCAGACUUCGGUACACAUUCUCCAAAAUCGCAGAAUGUGAUCACAUCAUCUCGCUUAGAUUCUAAAAAGUCCUCUUCUCCAGAAAUGCCAGUUCCUGUAGCAAAUAUUAAAAUGAUAUUUGAAGAUAUACAAACACAUCAAGAAAAUAUUAAAAAAAAUGAUUCUAAUAUGAAAGCAUUUGGAGACAAUUGCAAAAACAACCUUCCUGAUCCUCCAACACCUACUUUGCCUACAAGUGCUGAUAUCUUAGAUUUGGAUCAUAUUGCCAGAAAACUGAAAUUUUACUAAUUUUUUAAAUAUUUGUUCUAUUGUAUUAAUUUUUAAAUUAGUAAUAACCUGUGAAUUGCAUAGUUUAUUGCACAUACAGUAUUGUUUACAUUUAUAAAUAUAAUAUCAUUAUUUUCUAUUA